AUGGUUCGUAACGGACUGCUGAGCUCAGCCGCCAGCUGGACAGAGCUUCAGCACAACGAUAGCGAUGACGACUUUCUGGAUGACCAGUACCAGCAUGCAAUCCCCUCUACGACCCGGAAACGACGUCGAAUCCAGCCGGAGCGGUCCAACGCAGCCCCGCCCAAGGCGACCCUUCGCGCCUUGCUCGGCCUGACCAAAGCCGAUGACUACAUCGAGACCGCAAAUCCGCCUUUCGAUGCAGAACCGUCAGAAAAGGAUGUUCUCGACCGCGGGGUCACUCACACAGCCAAUCUCAAUGCGCUCGACCAGUCUCGCAGCUCGGCUUCGGACUCGGAUUCGUCGUCCUCAGAUGAGGAGGAAGUAAUUCUGCCAAUCAAGCGAAUCGUCCGCAAUUUUCCCAGUUUCGUCUCUCGACAGGAUGCUCCGGCGGGCACCGUGAUCGCACCACCGGAAAAAUUCCCGCACGUUGGGGAAACGCUACUUUCCGAACCGGAAGAGGACGAAGAGCAGGCACUAAGCAUCAGUACGGGAGGUUCUGCGUCGCUUCCACAUUAUCCUGUGGGCAAGUCAGACCCUGUGGGUGACGAAAGCGAGAGCAGCCAAAGUGACGAUGAAGUGGCUUUGGCCGUCAAGCCCAAAGCGCUGGCAAACCAGAAAUCAGCGUCAAAAGCAUCCGCGACACACGGCUCGAUCGCACCUGCCGCCUUCUUGGAAGGUCAAAAGCCUUCUUUCCCUGUCCCCAAGGAGCUCAGAGACGUCGGUCCUCUGGUGCUGGGCCCAGGCAUCCAGGUUCCCGCAGCCAUCAAUCGCUUCCUCCGCAGCUAUCAGCGAGACGGCGUCCGCUUCCUCUACAGAUCCUACGCUCAAAAUAGAGGGGCGCUUCUGGGUGAUGACAUGGGCCUUGGCAAGACCAUCCAGGUGAUCGCCUUCCUCUCAGCCAUCAUGCUGAAGACCGGCGGAGAGAACGACGAGAACCGCCGCAUCGAGGCAGUACGCAGCGACCGACAACGCGCCGGCUACCACUGUGCGAAUGCCGUCUGGCCGACCUGCUUGAUCAUCUGCCCGAGCUCCGUCAUUGACAACUGGCGACACGAGCUUGACACGUGGGGCUACUUCGAGCAUGCCGCAUUCAGCGGAGUGCGAGCCAAGGAAGGAGCUCUCGAAUCCUUUCGCCGAGGUCGACUGGACAUCCUUGUCACGAGCCACGAGACGGCAUCUCUGUCGAUCGAGCAACUGCGCGAUCUUGACUUUUCGUGUGUUCUGAUCGACGAAGCGCACAAGCUCAAGAACCCAGCCUCGCAGAUGACGCAGGCCAUGCAAACCUUCCUAUGCAAGGUGCGCUUCGCCUUGACGGGAACGGCCAUCCAAAACAGCUACCGUGAGCUUUACACUCUUGCGGAUUGGACCAACCCUGGGCUGCUCGGUACCGUCAAGGAGUGGAUCACCGAGAUCGAAGACCCGCUCAAGCACGGUCAGAAGCGCGGCGCGGAUCCCGAACGCAUCGCAGACGCCAGAACGCGCGCCGAGAAGCUGGUACAGAACGUCUUGCCCAUCUUCUUUCUCCGACGCACCAAAGCGCUCAUCGCAGACCAGCUGCCUCGCAAAUUCGACAAGAUCGUCUUUUGCCCGCUCACCCCAACCCAACUCGAGGUUUACCGACGGAUCUUGGCGGAGCCCGAGGUCGAUCUCAUGAAGCAUCACGCCGACCCGUGUCCGUGCGGUCGCAUCGACCCAGACACAGGCCUGGCAUAUCGCCGUCAGAAUUGCUGCUUCAAGCGCGACGGAGCGGGCGGAGCAUGGAACAAGAACAUGCUCAAGUACGUCUACCUCUUGCAAAAGUGCUCGAACCACGUCGCUUUGGUGUUCCCGGAUCCAGAGGACCUCAGCUCACACGAUCCGGACCGCAUGGACAGGUACGAGCGUCAACUCUCCUACGUUCAGCUCAUGUUCCCGGACAGCUGGCAACUCAAGCGGUGCAAUGCGACGAACGGCAUGGACCCCGAGCUGUGCGGCAAGUGGAAGGUACUCGCUCGUCUACUGCAGCAGUGGCACGCGGAUGGCGACAAGGUGCUACUCUUCUCAACCAAUCUGCGGCUGCUCCAGUUCAUCGAGUUCUUCUUGGCGCGAGAGGGGCACAGCUUUGUGCGACUUGACGGCUCGACGCCUCAGCCCCGUCGACAGCAGUUAGUGGACCAGUUCAAUCGAGAUGGCAGCAUCUUUGUCUUUCUCAUCUCGACCACCGCCGGUGGCACCGGUCUCAACCUCACCGCCGCGAACCGCGUUGUGGUGUUCGACCCGCACUGGAACCCGUCGCACGACUUGCAGGCGAUGGACCGUGCGUAUCGAUUCGGGCAGACGAGGGACGUCUUCGUGUACCGUCUGAUCGGAGCAGGCUCGCUAGAAGAGGUGGUGUACGGGCGGCAGCUGUACAAGCAGCAACAGAUGGAGAUCGGGUACAAUGCCACCAAGGAGCGCCGCUACUUCGAGGGCGUCGCGGGCGAUCAAGGCAGCCUGGGCGAGCUGUUCGGAUGCAAGAAUCUGUUCACGCUGCACGAGAGCAGUCUGGCGAUGAAGUCGAUCAUCGACGAGUGCAACAUCUCUGAAGUCACCUAUGCUCUGGCGCAGUAUCUCAAGACAGGUUCACUCGAUGAUCAAGUCAGUGCCGACGCCGCUCUGGUCGAGCGCGCACACAGCCCCAAGUCGAGCCCGCCCGAGUCGGCGCAGAGGCAGGAACCUGGCGGAGCGACGAUGGCGCUGCCGACCGCAACCGACACGGACCCGAUCCGAGGCAUCCUCGAAGGAAGCGGGAUCAGCUACAGCCACGAUCAUGCGGCGCUGGUGGGCAACAGCGUCGCCGAGGCUGCGCUCUACCGAGAGGGCAAAGUGCGCAAGACUCGCCAAGCAAGCGCGGUCAGCAAGAGCAAGCGUGCUACCGGCUCUAGGGCUGGUGAAGCCGCUCUCACCUCGACCAGCGUGUGGCCGCCGGUUCGCUCAGCACCUGCAUCCGGCAGUGGAGCAGCAAGAUCACAGGAAGAGUCACAAUCCAUCGCGGCGGCUGCUGCCGAGCGGGGACUGCUGCAAGCAUCGCAAGGUGGUGGCGCGAGCCGGCUGCCCGAUCUGUCCGAUCUGGCGAGGCUGCAGAACGUGAGCGAGGUCGAGAUGGCUGCGGCAGUCAACGCCAUGUCGGCAACGGAGCAGAAGUCCUUCUUCGACACGGCGCUGCAGAGGUGGAAUCGGAAACAGGACGCUCUGGCAAAAGGCAGCCGCAGGCAGAUGCAGCAGCGCCAGUUCUAG